AUGUACACGGAAAACGCUCAGGAUUCUGGAGUCAUUAUGCGCCAUUUACAUACCCGAGCUAUUGUGACGGAACAUUUUCUGCUGCGACUCAUCCAAUUAAAAUUUUACUCUAGAAUCAACGAAAUUUGUAUACAGAAUAGACGAAUGCUAUCUUGGAGUAAGAAAUAUCAAUAUUGGUUCAUAAAAAGGUGUGAUCGCUUACCUGGUCGUGCGCCGCGAUGCGCGGAAACGUCCACUGGGGCAGGUAGCUGGCGCUCCGGGCGAGCGGCCGCGGCUCGGCAGUCGUUCAGUCAGUGCGCGCGAUCACUCGCCGCCAGUGGUAGUGCCGUGGUGCGCGGAGGCACGCGCUCGUCCAGUGAUCAUGUGCCUAUGUUCGUCUGGUGGAGUGUCAUCCUAGUGUUACAGACAACAGACGAUAUGUCCUGUGAAAGGAGAACAAAGGCCGCCCGUUUCCUCGACCUGCGAACCCUAUUGGAAAUAUCGACACCUUCCGGUCAGUUAUUAGAAAGAAAGAUUACAGCAUCGAUUUACGAGCCGCUGGAAGGAGAUAGAAGGUACAAGAGCGGGGUGCGCUCAGUGAGGGGUGGCGGCGGGGGCGAGGAGUCGCGUCGCGGCGGCCUCAAGGCACUGCCGAAGCGCGCCCGCACACGCUGCAGGGGCAUGAACAUGGGUCAAAAGCUAUCGGGCGGUGUGAAGUCGGUGUCGCGCGAGUGCACGGCCCCGUUCAAGGCGGUGGUGGCUCGCGAACUGGCCCCGGAGCUGCCCAGGCCCGCGCGGCUCGACGCGCUGCUAGACGCGCCGCCAGCGCAUCACGACACGCAGCUGAAGCACGCGUGGAACCCGGAUGACCGAUCGUUGAAUAUAUUCGUGAAGGAGGAGGAUGCGUUGACGUUCCACAGACAUCCCGUUGCCCAGUCGACGGAUUGUAUCCGUGGGCGCGUGGGAUACUCACGUGGGCUACACUGCUGGGAGGUUGUGUGGCCGGCUAGGCAGAGGGGGACGCACGCGGUCGUGGGCGUAGCGACCGCCCACGCGCCCUUACACUCCGUGGGCUAUCAGAGCCUCGUGGGUGCCACCGAUCAGAGUUGGGGCUGGGAUCUUGGCAGGAAUAAGGUGUACCACAACGCCAAGGGUACCGGCAGCAGCGGCUGCACGUACCCAGCGUUGCUCCGGCCAGACGAACAGUUCCUGGUGCCCGACCGGCUGCUCGUAGUACUCGACAUGGACGAGGGCACGCUGUCCUUCUGCGCCGACGGCAGAUACCUCGGAGUGGCCUUCAGGGGACUGAGAGGGAAGACUCUGUACCCCAUAGUGUCCGCGGUGUGGGGCCACGCUGAGAUCACCAUGAAAUACAUCGGCGGAUUAGAUCCCGAGCCGCUGCCCCUGAUGGAGCUGUGCCGGCGCGUGAUCCGCCAGCGCGUGGGCCGCAGCCGCCUGCGCUCGGCCGCGUCUCGCCUGGCGCUGCCGCCCGCGCUGUCCGCCUACCUGCUGUACCGCGCGCCCUAA